CGGGGCGGCGGCGGCGGGACGGGGCCGGAGCCGCGAUGGAGAAGCCGCGGCGGGCGGUGGUGGUGACGGGGUUCGGCCCCUUCGGGGAGCACGCCGUCAACGCCAGCUGGAUCGCCGUGCAGGAGCUGGAGAAGCUUGGGCUGGGAGCUGACGUGGAGCUGCACGUCUAUGAGGUGCCAGUGGAGUACCAGACGGUGCAGAGGCUGAUCCCUGCGCUGUGGAAGAAGCACAGCCCACAGCUGGUGGUCCACGUGGGGGUCUCAGGUAUGGCUACAACUGUGACCCUGGAGAAGUGUGGCCACAACGUGGGCUACAAGGGGCUGGACAACUGCCGCUUCUGCCCUGGCUCCCAGUGCUGCGUGGAGGGCGGCCCGGAGUGCAUCGACUCCAUCAUCGACAUGGACACAGUCUGCAGGAGGGUCUCAGCCCUGGGGCUGGAUGUCACAGUCACCAUCUCCAAGGAUGCUGGCAGGUACCUCUGUGACUUCACCUACUACACAUCCCUGUACCAGAGCCGUGGGCGGUCGGCCUUUGUCCAUGUGCCUCCCCUGGGCAAGCCCUACAGUGCCCAGCAGCUGGGCAGGGCUCUGCAGGCCAUCAUAGAAGAGAUGCUGGAUGUCUUGGAGCGCUCUGAAGACAAAAUCAACUGCCAGCAUGAACAUUGAGAGUGGGCAGAAGCUACCCUAGUAUUGCACUUCCAAACCUCUCCCUGCUACUGAAGUACUGGGGGGAAAACUGGUCCAGAAAGGUCCAGACCCAGAAUUGGAGACUUCAAAAGGAAAAGAAAAACAAACAGAAAGGAAAAUUCCACCUCUAGAAAUCGACUUUUUGUUUUGGUCAGAUGUGUUUCAGCCUAGGCAACAAAGGAUCCAAAAGCUCUUCCUUCAAACUCCUGCAGCUGCUCAUUUCUGAAGGGGCUGAGGGCUGUGUGCUGUGCUGCACCCACAGCCAGGUCACUGCUGCUGCCCAGGCUGGCAGCAGGCAGGUGGGAAGGUCCUCACCUGGGCUGGGUGUGUGCAGGUGUGGGGAGCUGAUAACCCCAUCUGGGAGUGACCAGUGCUGAACCUGCAAGGUUUGCUGUCCUUUCCUUUUGGCUUUUGCUUUUCUUUCCUUUUGGGCUUUGCUUUACUUCUGGCUUGUUGGGGUUUUUUCCCCCUCUUUGGCCCAAAUUCUAGGUUAGAACUUAGAGCUGAAGGCAGCUGGAGUGGUGUGGGUCAGGCUGGAGUGGCUGAGUGGAGAUGAGGAGCCUUCAGAACUGCUUUGCUGAAAUGGAGCAAUGCUUUGGGGCACUGAUUUCUCACCCCACAUUGUCCACACUGGGUCCUUUCUAACAUCCUGGUGAAUUGAAC